UGGGGGAAGGGCACCCUAAGGUCGAGGUCUGGGCAGCUCUCGACGAUCGCAGCGGGAGUGGCAGCUGCUCCGAGGGGUUUCUCGGCGAGCGGGCGGGACUUCCGCCGAAAGCUUGAUUGGGCCUAUCGGUGACAGCGGCUGCUCUGAGGCUGCUCUGACUGACCCUGGAGAGGGAGGGCUCUGCGGCCUGUCAGCUGCGGGUCGGAAAUCCUUGCUGGGCCUGAGAGCCCGAGAGGCUCCCACCUCAGGUCUAGAAGGAGCCUACAAGUUACCUAGGGAUCUGUGCGAACUACUCCGUGACUGUGGAAGAUGCCGUACCUUGGCUCAGAGGACGUGGUGAAGGAACUGAAGAAGGCUCUGUGUAACCCUCACAUUCAGGCUGAUAGGCUGCGCUACCGGAAUGUCAUCCAGCGAGUGAUUAGGCACAUGACUCAGGGCUUGGACAUGUCUUGUGUUUUCAUGGAAAUGGUGAAGGCCAGUGCCACUGUAGAUAUUGUUCAGAAGAAGCUGGUUUACCUGUACAUGUGCACGUAUGCACCCCUGAAACCAGACCUAGCUCUCCUGGCCAUCAAUACCCUGUGCAAAGACUGCUCGGACCCCAACCCAAUGGUGCGAGGGCUGGCACUGCGGAGCAUGUGUAGCCUCAGGAUGCCUGGUGUGCAGGAGUAUAUCCAACAGCCUAUUCUCAAUGGUCUGCGGGAUAAGGCUUCAUAUGUUAGGAGGGUGGCAGUUCUUGGAUGUGCCAAAAUGCAUAACCUUCACGGAGACUCUGAAGUGGACGGUGCCCUGGUAAAUGAGUUAUACAGUUUACUGCGGGACCAAGAUCCAAUUGUGGUUGUGAACUGCUUAAGGUCUCUAGAGGAAAUUCUGAAAUAUGAAGGAGGUGUUGUCAUCAAUAAGCCCAUCGCUCACCAUCUCUUAAAUCGGUUUGGAUGCCUGAGUGCUCUUUUUCUUACAAUCUCUAUAUCCUGGAUGUCGAAACUGGACCAAUGGGGCCAGGCUGAAGUGUUGAACUAUCUGCUCCGCUACCAACCCCACAGUGAGGAGGAACUGUUUGACAUUCUCAACCUGUUGGAUAGCUUUCUCAAGAGUAGCAGCCCCGGUGUAGUAACAGGAGCCACCAAACUCUUUCUGAUUUUGGCAAAGAAGUUCCCCCAUGUGCAAACUGAUGUGCUUGUGAGAGUCAAGGGACCUUUGCUUGCUGCUUGUUCUUCUGAGAGCAGGGAGCUCUGUUUUGUCGCCCUCUGUCAUGUGCGCCAGAUCUUGCAUAGUUUGCCAGGUCACUUUAGCAGCCACUACAAAAAGUUUUUUUGCUCCUACUGGGAGCCCCACUAUAUCAAGCUACAGAAGGUGGAGGUACUGUGUGAGCUGGUGAACGAUGAGAACGUCCAGCAGGUGCUUGAGGAGCUUCAAGGAUACUGCACUGAUGUGUCUAUUGACUUUGCACAGGCUGCCAUCUUUGCCAUUGGUGGCAUUGCCAGGACUUACACAGAUCAGUGUGUGCAGAUUCUCACAGAGUUGCUGGGGCUCCGACAAGAGCACAUUACUACAGUGGUGCUACAGACUUUCCGAGACCUUGUUUGGUUGUGUCCUCAGUGUACUGAAGCUGUGUGUCAGGCCCUGCUCAGCUGUGAGGAGAACAUUCAAGACAGUGAGGGGAAACAGGCACUUAUUUGGCUACUUGGGGUCCAUGGAGAAAGAAUUCCCAAUGCUCCUUAUGUUUUAGAGGACUUUGUAGAAAGUGUGAAGUCAGAGACAUUUCCUGCUGUUAAGAUGGAGCUCCUCACUGCACUGCUGCGCCUGUUUCUCUCACGCCCUGCUGAGUGCCAAGACAUGCUGGGACGCCUGUUAUAUUACUGCAUAGAGGAAGAAAAGGAUAUGGCUGUACGGGACCGAGGCCUCUUCUAUUACCGCCUCCUUUUACUUGGCAUUGAUGAAGUUAAGCAGAUCCUGUGUAGUCCUAAAUCGGACCCUUCUCUCGGACUUUUGGAGGAUCAACCAGAAAGACCUGUGAAUAGCUGGGCUUCAGACUUUAAUACCCUGGUGCCAGUGUAUGGCAAAGCCCAUUGGGCAACUAUAUUUAAACGCCAAGGGACAGAGCAGUGUGGCCCAGAGCUUCCUCGUACUGCAUCCUUUGCUCCAUCAGGACACCUGAUUUCUGAAGAGAACAAGGAGAGAGUACAAGAACUCCCUGAUACUGAAGCUCUCAUGCUAAUCCCCAAUUGCCAGCUUACUGCUGAAUAUUUUGAGAAAACUUGGCUUAGCCUCAAAGUUGCUCAUCAGCAGGUGUUGCCUUGGCAGGGAGAAGUUCAUCCUGACACCCUCCAGAUGGCUCUGCAGGUAGUGAACAUUCAGACCAUUGCAAUGAGCAGGGUUGGGGCUCGGCCAUGGAAAGCCUACCUCAGUGCUCAGGAUGCUACUGGUUGUCUGUUCUUAACAGAACUGCUGUUGGAGCCCAAGAACUCAGAAAUGCAGAUCUCUGUGAAACAAAGUGAGACAAGGACUGAGAUACUGAGCAGUUUUGUUUCGGUAUUAGAAACUGUGAUUGGAACAAUUGGAAACAUGAAAUCAUAACAGAUUCUGACUGCUUUCCCUGAGUAAGAUGAAUGGUUAUCAGAAUUCCUUAGUUUUUCUUAUUAGAACUGCUUAUAAGUCCAGAUAAUACCAGAUGCAAAGGAGAAUGGGAAAUCUGGGAAUCAGGAUUCUUGUGUUUUUGUCCAAAGAUCACUGACUUACUCCCUUUGUGCCAUUUGUGACAGACCCUCUUUUUUAAUGGCAAUGUUAGUAAGGGGUGGGGAUGGGGUUGAAGACAAGAUUGGGAUUUUUUUUCCUAAUCCAUUUUAGAGGUUCUGUUACUUAUUAAAGAUGCCUGCCAUUUGUGGAAAUUGAUGGGGGCCACCUUUUCCUUUCUUUAUUAAACAGUAACUGACUGUUCUCAUAUUUUUAAUCAUGCUUUUUAGACCACGGUUCAGAGUGGCAUCUAAAGUACCUCUUAAGUCUCAUGUCCAACCACUCCCCACACACACUCUCAUCUGAUAAAAGCAAACCACUUACAGUUCUCUCACACCUACCCCUUAACACCUGUUGUUAUUUCUUGUCUGGACUAUUUCCCCACCUUAUACUGUCUUUAAUUAAUACCUGGCAUUUCUGUCCGUGUUCAGCUCAGUCAUGAGCUCUUUCAGGAAGUUUUGUGUGACCCUCGCUCUGUUGUGGGAUCUUGUUCAAGCAUCAGAGCUACCAGUACAUAUCCCUAGCAGUACUAAGAUAAUUGUUUUAUUGUUAUUUGGCCUCACUUUUUAUUUUAUUCAUACCCAACCACAUUUUAUAUAUUGACACCACCUUCUGCAAGAAUAAAUCUAAUAAAAUGAUGGUAAAAUAUAAAUAAGAUCAAACUGUCCACAAAGAGGAAAAGAAAAAUACCAGCUAAGACCAGUUGGGUCAGGGAUGGGGAAAUACACAAAUGUUCAGGCUUUGUACAGGUCAAAAAACAGUUAAGCUUCAUUGUUGGCUCUGUAAGUGACCUAGCAUUCCCCUCAGAAUGAGGAGAAACAGUUGUGUAAUUGUCAUCACAGACGAAGAAACACUCCAAUUUUUUUUUUUUUUUGGUACCAGAGAUAGAAUUCGAGACCUUGCGCUUGCAAGGAAGGCUCUGGAAACACUGAGCUAUAUCCCUAGCCCACUCCAAUUUUAAUUUCUAAAAAAAACAAGUAGUUUCAUGUAGGUAUUACCAAAUGGUAUAUACAGGAUUCUAUAGAAGUAAGUAAAGGGUUUCACACAAUUGUUAUAAUGUUCUUCAAUGAAAAUAGUAUAAUCUAAACAUGGAUUUUAAGGCAUUUCUUUAAGGACUUAAUAUAGUCUAAGUAUAUGGCCUUCAUUAUUCAGCUGAAUUCAAGGACUUCAAUUUAGGUAUAUAGGCUGCAUGUCUUUCAGAUAAUUUUUUACCUAUUUCCCUCAAUAAGGCUCCUCACAGGAAUAGAUAAUAGACAGUGUUGAAUUUUCUAGUAAGGGCUGGGGAUGUAGCUCAGCAGCACAGUGCCUGCCUGGCAAGUACAACACCCUGAGUUUGAUUCCUGGUACCAAAAAAAAAAAUUUCUAGUAAGAACCUAGGUUUUGUGGGUUGUUUAUUAAAGGGUCUCUCCCAGUGGACAAUUCUUUUUUUUUUUUUUUUUGGUACUGGGGAUCAAACUUAGGACCUUGCACUUGUGAGGCUGGCAGUGGAACCACUGAGCUAAAUCGCUGGCCCUCCCACUGGACAAUUCUAAGGGUAGUAAAUAUCUUACUUUCCUUUAUCUCCACAGUGCCUGCCAUAAUAUUACUCAAUAAAUAUUUAUUGAAUAAA